CCGCCGAGGAGAGAGCUUUCGGGGUCCCUUGAUCAUCGAUGCCAUCGAAGAAGCGGCGCGGGUUCCGGCGCAAGGGAAGCGACGGCGAGGGCAGCUCGAGCGAGAAGGGGGUACUGAGCCCGACGGCAAGCGGCCGGCCGAAGCUGCUUAUGGGGCGGCCGGCGCUGGGCAUUCGGGCGCUGGCCUCGUCGGCCAUGGAUCCGGCCAACCUCUUUGGCUUUGGCGAUGUGUACCUCUCGGACCUCUCGAGCUUGCGCCAAUUCGAGCUCAUCAACCUGCAGCCGUUCCCGGUGCGCGUGGGCCUGAAUGCGGAGCUGCGUAAGCCAUUCCAUGCCAGCACGUGGGGCUUCCAGACGCACAACGAGAACCUACCCGACGACGACGGCGUCGUAGAGUCGCCUCUCGUCCGAAGCAUGUCCAAGUCGUCGUUCUCGUCGUCGCUUGCCGACACGGUUUUUCUUGACGAAGGCUUUAACGAGCUUUUCAACCAAAUGGGGCUCAUCGACUCGAUCGUGUUGGAGCCCAACCAAGCGCAGCGGCUUAUCUUCUCGAUCUGCGUCAAGCACGAAGCUUCGGGCACAGCGGCCAAGCCGUCGACGGGCUUGACGUCCAAGGCGAAUGCUGGUGACGACUCGUCUGACGAAGAGCGACUGUACUUGAACGAGAGCUCGUUCGCGGCGCUCUCGGGGCGGCUCAUCUUUUCGACGACCAUCUUGUCGCCAGACCGGUCGCCGACGUCGCCGGUUGGCGCGCUCGAUGCGAUCACGAUCCCGAUCCAGGGCAACGUGUGCCGAUCGCUGCUGCGCCUCGACGUGAAGGAGCUCCACUUUGACGACUGCAUUCCCGGCGGGUCGUACGUCAAGGACUUUACGGUCUGGAACCGGUCCGAGAUCCCGCUCGUGUUUCGUAUGAUGUCGUCGAUUCCCGACGACCAAAAGGCGAUGCUGACGUGCUCCGACUACAACUCGGGCUACGCGAUGGGCGAGAAUCCGUUCCAAGUCGCUGCGUAUGGGCACAUGCGCGUGCGCGUGACGUACCGUCCCGUCGAGGUCGGCGAGCAUAGUUUCGAGAUCCUCGUGCAAAACCUCCACGACUCGCGCAACGUCAAGACGCUCAAGGUGCACGCGAUCGCGUCCAAGGAGCACCACCGCGAGGGUCUCUCGAUCCGGGAGCCGAACGGGUCCUUUCUCAUGAGUGGAAGUCUCAUGGACUUUGGCGACUGCUACACGGGCAUGCCAACCCCCAAGAUCGUGCUCAUCAAAAACAUGACGGAGGCGCCGCUCCACAUUGAGCUCUCGAGCGACCGGCCGAAAGAAGUGACGUUUGAGCUCAAGCUUGUGGGCAACAACCGCGCGCGGUCGUCACGCUCCAUGUCGACGAUGCGGGGCCUGGGCUUUGACGAGCCGCUUUCGCCGACCGACUCGCGCCUCUCGCUGUCCCCGACGGCCACCUCGCCGACCAACAGCGCGUUCUUCAAGACGGAGAACGGCGACAGCGACGACGAGCCGGACGAAAACGACGGCGACGACGAAGACUUGACUUUCAGCCGCAAGCGCAACUCGUUUGAAGACACGCUCUUGAGUGAAAUGGAAGACGCAGACGACGACAUGGAGUUUGACGGGGAGCGGCUCGCGCCGCCACCGAGUCCGAGCAGCCCCAAGACGCACGACGAAGGCCACGCACCCAAUAAGGUGCCGCUGCGCGCGCGUUCGUCACGCAAGCUUUUGCGCGUGCAUUCGCGCGUAAAAGACCUCACCGAAAGCGGCAUCGAGAGUAGCGGCGCCAGUGUCUGCUCGUCGCCCGAGCGCAAGUCGACGAGCCUCGUGCGCACCAAGUCGGGUGUACGUCCUGCGCUGGACGACCACGUCAACAACUACCUCGUCGAGGCGCUCGACCUCGCGCCCGGCGUCGAGCGGACGAUCGUCGUGUGGUACACGCCGACGCCGUCCGAGGUGUUUGACGUCAAGAGCUGCCGCCUCACGAAGCAGAGCUUCCGGCUCUCGUUCCGGUGCUACCAAGUCCAAGGCGCGUGGACGGGCUCAAACCAGCGCGUGUACGACCGCAGUUUGGGCAAGUCCCUCCACGCGCGGUCGCGCACGUGUACGUCGUAUGUCACGAUGACGCCGUCCGUGCUGCACUUUGGCGACUGCAACAUUGGCGAGCUCCGGUCGAGUGCGUGCACACUCACCAACCACUCGGAGCUGCCGACGGUCGUCAAGCCAUCCGUGGUCUCGAAAGUUGUCUCGACGGUCCCGAACGACGAGAUGACGCUCGGGCCGAAACAGUCGCUCGAGAUGAAGAUUGAGAUCAUUCCGCGCAAGGUCAACGCCAACUACACGCGCGUGAUCAACGCCGUGAAUCUCAAAAACAAACUCAAUCUCGCGCAAGUGUGCGUGCGCUCGAGCAACAUGGAUGCGCACCAUGUGAUUUACCACUCGCUCUUUUACAAGCUGCACACGCCGUCGAAAUCGGCGUUUCUCAAUUUUGAGCACGUGGCCGCCAACUCGAUGAGCAUCAAGGUGUUUACGCUUGAGAACAUUACGAGCGCCGUGCUGCGGCUUCGCGUGCAGAGCAGCGACCCGUCGCGCGUCCAGCUCUACUACAUUGCGGACCACGCCAAGACCGCGGUCGCGCUCUCGCUCGUCUCGCCCGCCGUGUCGCCGCUGGCCGCGCCGAUCGAGUCGCCGCUCGUGUCGCCGGCGCCCGUGGCCGUGACGACGGCGAGCGCCGCGUCGUUGCACAUGCCGCCGACGCAAACGAUUCGCCGGCGCCGCUCCAUUGGCAGCAUCAAGGAGCUCAACGCGCCCAAGAAAACCACCGAGCUCUCGCGCCUCCAGGAGCUCUUGUCCAAGAAGAAGAAGACGACGACGGCCAAGCGCAACGGUAGUGGGACGUCCACAGCGACCCUGACGAUGCCAACGACGCCCCUCGCGGCCUCGGCGACGCAAACACCAACGUCGAGUAUGCCAUCGGUGCCCACGGUCGUGGAGCGAAGCAAUGGCAAUGGCGCCAAGAAAGAGCUCGAUGCGGUGACGUCCGAUGUCGUCGGUAUGUUUGAGUCGUUGCGUUUCGACGCCGAGCGUGAGAAGGACACGGUGACCUUGAUUCGUGAGCGCGUCCGGCGGUUCCAUCAGCUCGUGGCCGACAAGCAUCUCGUGCCUGUGCUCACGACAAAGGAGUGGAACGUCCGCAUUCCCGCCAAAGGGUCGCUUCCGAUCCUUGCCGUCUUUACGCCCAAGGUUGGCGAAGAGACGCCGGAGAAAUCUCGCGUCGAAAAGUACAAGGUGUUUGUCACGCUACCGGCGGGCGGCAACCAACAAGGGCGGCACCCGGACCUCUCGGCGUCGGCUUCGCUCGGGCACUCGCUGCACCCGUUCGACACGCGCCCGUCUGUGCGCGAAUUGCUGCUCAAGAGCCGCGUGUGUCGCUCCGUGCUGCAAGUGAACCAGAAGAACAUCAACUUUGGUCGCAUCACGACGUUCAGCAAGAGCUCCAAGAAGGUGCUUGUCCGCAACGGGUCGGCGAUUCCGCUCGUGUACAUGAUUGAGAAGACGGGGUCGAUCUCGUCUGGGUUUCUCGAGAUCAAGGACGGCGACGUUGGCGUCAUCAAACCCUUCGGGGCGCGCCACGUGUGCUUUGAGUUUCAGCCGACGCUAGCGGGCCCGUUCGAGGAGAAGCUCAAGAUUGUCAACGUCCAGGACGUCGAGAACUCGGUGUUUGUCACGAUCAAGGCCAAGGUCGUCAAGCGCGAGACGUUCAAACUGCCGCAGGCCGGCCAGCCCAUCUCGGUCGGCACGUGCCUUGUCGACGAGCCGAGCGACGCAUUCAAGCUCACGAUUCGCAACAUGAGUCGCAAGAAGCGCGAGUACGUCAUCGAGGUGGACACGGCGACGGGCUUCUCGGUGCCGUCGCUGCGUCCGACGUUUACCUUCAACUUGGAUGCAGUCCCCGCGGCCAACAUUACGCAAGCGCAGGAGAAGAAGCUCGACGAAGAGCUCGAGAAGCUCGAGCACAAGCUUCGGAUCGCGGUCACAAAGAAGAAGGAAGACAAGAUUGGGAAGCUCAACUCCAAGAUCAGUCACGUCAAGGCGCUUUUAUCGGGCGAAGGCAGUGCCGAGACAGGCAAACACCCGCCACGGAGUAGCGCGUCGGCGUACGACAGUGGCAACAGCGACACCGAGUCCGAGUCCGAGUCGCGGACGCCGCUCCGGCGCCAGAUUGUUCGCCGGCGGUCGGUCCCCACCGUCGUGCACAACACGCUGCACUUUACGCUCGAGCCCGAGUCGACGGGGCGCAUUGUCGGCACGGUCGUCUUCAAGCAGGAGGGCGACGUCGUGUCGGCGAAGAAGGCCGGUCCGCACCGCCGCCGCCACCACGGACGCCGCGGCAAAAACAUGCUGCCGCCGACAUCGGUGCCGGGCGCCGCGACCCCAAUCUUUGGCGUCGGCAAGUUUCUCUUUUACGAGCAGCAAAACAAGGAUGUGAUGAAGGAGCUGCAGUACAAGGCCGACGUGUACCUGCGGACCCCCGCGGGGGAGAACGCGUACUGCCGUGUCGUCGGCAAAACGCUGCUUCCGCCCAUGCCGUUCCGGGAUCCGGUGCCGACCAAACCGGCCAUCGAUCGGUUCCAGGUCAGCGUCGGGCAGCUCGGUGCGACGCGACCGUCGACGCUGCUCCUACCGAUCGAAGAAGCACCCAGUGACGCGCUGGGAUGGCUCCUCGAGGUGCGCGCAAAGGAAGCAAGCACGCUCGAGCUCAAGUGGGUGCCAACGGAUGCGUUCCAAGACGUUGUUGGGCUCGCGGUCGCCAUGGCCGACGACGUGCCCAUGGUUCUGCCGCAAAAACUCGCGAUCGCUCCGGACACGACUUCGACCCUGCACGUGCGCUGGCAUUUCGCGGCCAAGUCGGGCAUCGAGGCCACGGCGCCGCUGGCGACGACGCUGGGCAAGCUCGCGCUGCCGUCCGAGUGGAAGAAGACGGGCGAAAUUCCCGCCGGCCGUCUCGUGCUCAGCGACGGCAAGUCGACUUCAAGCAUCGAUGUCAUGCUCGUCAAGACGCAGCUUGGCGCGAUCGUGCACGGCGUCUUUUAUGUCUGCAACGCGUCCGCGACGCCGGUCAAGUUUCUCGUGCUCGUCUCGUCGACCGGCCCCGAUGACGCGCCACCGAAAGCAACCAACCUCGUGCUCCCGACGGCAACAGGGCGCGUCGACGGCAACGGACGCACGCCGAUCCGGUUCACGUACACGGGCACGACCUCGGGCAAGCACACGGAGGUGAUCCUCGUCCGGAACCUCAACGACCGGCUCGACUCGACGAAUGUCACGAUCAACGUGCGCGUGACGCGACCCGUGUACGUGCGCAUCCCGGAGCUCGACCCGCACUUGACGGGCCAGCUCACGGACCUCAACAUUGGCCCGUGCUACGUCACGGCCGACGAGAUCGAUGGCAAGUUUAGCAAGGUGCGCAAGAUCACGCUCGUGUCCCAGGUCACGGAAACGCUGCUCCUUUGCGCAUCCUCGAACCUCAAGACGCAGUGCUACGUGUACGAAGACGCGGCGCUGCAGCACGAUGCGACCAACAUCAUCUUGCCGGGCAUGGAGGCCACGGAUCUGUACAUUGCGUUCCGGCCGCGCUUGCCAGCCGACGCGUUCAAGACCGGCGCGUCGCGCGACCUCAUGGGCGGCAUCCGCAUGCAGUUGUUUCGGGAAAAGGACGCGCUCGAGGACCGCGAGCUCGCAGCCGAGUUUACCGUCAACUUGGCCACCGUGGUGCCCCGCGAGAUUGACUUUGGGACCGAGCUCAACAUUGGCCGGCUCCAGCGCUGCAAGACGCACGAAGGGUGUUUCGAGCUCACCAACGUCAACAAGUCGCUGCCGCUGACGUACCGCGUGUACGUUGCAUCCGUGCACGAAGCCGGCUACUCGGACGACGACGAGUCGCUGCACGUCUCGCUCCGGCACGAAAAAGGCGAGAUCCCGCCGGGCGAGUCGUGCCGCAUCGACUUCAACGUGGCUGCCUUUACGCACGGCCUCUUCCGCCGACGGAUCGUGGUCGAGAAUGUCUACAACCCACAGAACGUCAACACGGUCGACGUUGUGCUCUUUGUCGACAAUGGCAGCAUUGCGUGCGACGUCGUGCCGCGCGCGGCCUUGUACACGCUGCAAGACCGCCUCCGCGCGAUGCUGCAAGGCGACCUUUUGGCGACGAAAGGCAGUGUGCUCACGCUCGGGACGGUGCCGGUCAUCUCGAGCGAGCCCCUCGGCUUGGUCGCAAAUGGUGACAACCAGCGCCAGUACCGCAUCUUCCAGCCGUCGACGGUCGCGGACCACCGGUCGUACGUCUCGCUCGUGAACCGCUCGUCGCGCUCCGUGACGCUGCGUCCGAUCUCGAACCUCCCGCUGCUCUUUACGUGGCUUGCGGUCGAGGCACAGGCAGCAAUGCAUUCCGUCCCGACGUUUGCAAAUGGCAUUAUGGCGGCCGAUGCGCGCGAGCUCUCGGCAGUGCCCAGCAGUAGCGCGACCGUUGCCGGCCUCUACACGGGCCCGGUGUGUACGCUCGAGCCGCAUACGAUCGUGGUGGUGGCGACGCAGUUUGCGCCGGUGGCGUGCUCCGGCCUCUUGCCGAUUGAUGCGAUUGACGCGGGAAAGACCGUGCCGCUCCAAGGCAUGAUUGCGUUCCAGAGUUUCGAGGACCACCACGAGCAGUGCGAGGCGACGACGCUUGGCGUGCUGCCCGUCACGGGUGUCUACGGCGAGUCGCGCCUCCAGCUGCUCUCGUCGCACAUCUCGCUCGGCAAAAUCGGCUACUCGACAGCGUGGUCGCCGUGCACGUUUGAGGUCGACGUCAAGAACAUGGCCGACAUUCCUGGCCUCUUUUGUCUCGGACCGCUCCCGUCGUGCUUGGUGCUGCUCGAAAUUCGCCGCGCGGCGCGCGUUCCGUCCCCGAAGAACAGCCAUCAGGACGAGGACGGUGGGGCAUCUGGUGUCCACUCGCUCCAAGAGCAGCUCGCAACUGCGCUCUCGGGUGCCGUCUCGGAUGUCUUUUACGAAAUCGACGGCCGGGCGACAGCGACCCUCGUGUUCGAGUGCCUCCACACCCCCGAGUACCUCAGCGCCGGGCGGCACGAGCUCAGUGUGAGUCUCUUCAACUUUCACAACCCGCACAACACGCAGGUCGUCACGGUCUCGGCGCAUGUGAUUGCGAAUUACAUGGACAUUGCGCUCGAGAGUGACUGCACUCGGCAUGACGAGGCGCUCGUCGCGUACGUCCCGCCGCUCGUGUUGCCGAGCGACGCGCCCUCCGGCUUUCUCUGCACGAUCCACAACGUGUUUGACGACGACCUCGAGAUCAAGCUCUCGUGCCACGCGGCCGACGCGCUCGCAAGUGUGCUGGACGUGGCCGUCGUGUCGCGGUCGUCCAACACGCCUCUGACGGCGCUGACGCUGCCACCCGGCGAGCACGUGGAUGUGCGCGUGCACUGCAGCAUGCUGCCGGGUGCGACGUGGACGGACCUCCCGUUUGCGUCGUCGGGCGAUGGCUCGCGCUUUGACGACGCGUGCGAUCUCGGCAUGUUGAGCAUCGCCGCCACCGCCCUGGACUCGGCGGCGCGCAUCCGCGAGAUCGCGAUCAAGGGCGCCCUUGUGCUCGGACAGUCGUUUAGCCUCUCGGCGCGCCAGCUGCGGUUCCACGCCAACCCGCUGCCGCGCUCGAGCUGCUACCAGCUGCAGCAAAGCUCGGACUGCUUUUGGAUCCAGAACCCGUCGACGACGCAGCCGCUCACGUUCGAGGUCACGUCGUUUUCGACGCACGUGCCCGGGCUCUGCUUUCUGCACAAGGAGACGUCGGCCGCGGCGAUGGGCGACGUCCUCUGCGCGGUCGUGACGCCAGCGACUGGUACGAUCGCGCCAAAGAGCUCGAUGAAGGUGCUCGUGCAUCUUGAAGAGUGCACGCACGCGGGUCACGAGGCGCACAGCGAGCCCAACGUCAUGCGUCUCUCGGUGCGCGACGUCACCGCGUCCAGCGCGUCGCUCAUUGACGUGCUGCUUGUCAUGGAAGAAGCCGAGAUGGCUGCGCUUCCACCCGCCGUCAUCCAGAGCGCCGUCUCGAAGCGUCGGCCGCGACUCGAUACAACGUCCUCGGAUCCCAGUACGCUGCUUGAGGACCACGUCACGGUCGAGGCGGCGGUCGUUGAGAGUGACGCAGCGUCGUCGCCGCCGCCGUCCGAGGUCGUCGAGGCGGCGACCGAUGCGCUUUUGACCGUGCGCGGGUGCACGCCGGCUGAAAACUCGACGCUCGACAAUACGCUGUACGUCAUUGACGUCGGGCAGCACACGGUGCGCGCGGGCGGCGAGGUCGAGUGGGAGAUCACACUGCACAACGAGCAAGAAAAGAGCGUCGGGUACCGGCUGUACCUUGCGGACGCGAAAGCCUCGUCGUGGCUGCGCCUGAGCAAGUCGCAUGGGUCGCUGCUGUCGUACCAGACGAUCGUGCUCCGCUUUGCGCGCGAUGUCGUCGGCGUCUACUCGACGUUCCUCGUGCUCGAAAAUGUCGGCAACCCCAGCGAUCUCAAGCUCAUUCGUGUCAAGAUGGAGGUGAUUGCGGACCUCAACGCGCUCCGGGCGAUGGCGAAAGACAAGUCGGACACGAACCUCUUUCGCGUGCUCGUGUCCAACUACUCAGGCUCGAAGCGGCAGCGGCGCAAGUCGUCGGAGUUUUCGCUGACGCCGGAGGACCCGCCGUCGCGCUUGGAGAUCGAGUACGGCGACGUGUUUUACGACAAGCUGUACCACAACCACUCGGUGCUGCUCGAGAACUUUUCGAGCUUGUCGCUCGACUUUAUGCUCUCGAGCAACGGCCGGCCGCACGAAGUCGGCUUCUCCAUGUCGCCGACCUCGUUCAACGAGAUUAGCAGCGUGACGCUCGGCGCGUACCAGCGACUGCAAGUGUUUCUCAACUUUCGCCCGGCGCCCAAGAAGGCGACGGCCACGUCCGAGAGCUGGGUGCGCAACAUUGAAGUCUACGUCAACUGCCGGCUUGUCAAGGACUUUCGCGAGACGGUCUUUCUGAAAGCGACGUGCAACAUGCCGCAGCUCCACGUGCACAUUGCGCACGCGCAGCCGACGCUCGGCGACUGGCCGACGUACCACGAGCCGGCGCUGCCCUACUUUGCCGCGCAGCCGACGUUCCUCGGCAUGGGCUUCUCCGCGCCCGAGUCCAUCUUGUGCGAAGACUCGCCGACCGAUAUGCAAGCGGACGCCAAGUUCAUCGUGCUACGGAACGUGCGCCAUGACGUGAACGCGCACGUGGCGAUCCGGAACGACAGCAUGUUUUUCGAGGUGAAGGUCGACCACAUUGUCGACGUCGAUGGCGUCCUCGCGCCCCUCGCGCUGCGCGUCGACGGCGACCAGAAGCACGCGACGCUGUCGCUCAAGCUCGAGCCGCACGAUAUUGCUGUGCUGCGCAUCGAGCCCAACCUCGAGCUUUUGCGCAAGCACCGGCAGCAGUGGGAGCACAGCGUGAAGGAGCACAUUGCGUUUUACAACAUGAAGCAGUUUGCCGAGCACUACCACGUGUCGCUGAGCUUCACGCCGAGCAACAUGUCGAGCUUCCUCAACGCGCCGCAGCUCCGCGAAGCCUACCCGUUCUCGACGCUCGAAGACACGAUCGCCAAGUUCCUCAAGACCUUUCAGCUGUUUUGGAAGGACCUCCACACCGUGCUGCUCGAUUCGGACCUCGACGACGACAACCGCCGGUCGCUCUUGUACGAGCUCGAGCACGCGAUCGACCUCGUCGUGCCCGUGAGUCCGCGCCCGCACGGCCGCCUCGGCCAGGCCACGAUCCCGCAGUCGUACCGGGCGCUCUACUUCGACUUUUACUACAUUACGGACGAGCUCAUCUGGUACGGUGUCCGGAGCAACGCGGGUCGCCACACGGUGACGCUGGCCGACUUGGUCUACGGCGUCGUCUUUGGCCACGAGGUCUUUACCUGCAUCUUUGAGGCGGCGAGUGGUCCGUCGCCGCUGCUGCCGCUGCUGCAAAAGCACCGGCUCGAAAAGUUCAUGGACGUCCGCCGCCUCCUGCUGCCAUGGACACGCCAGCUCGGGUACUUUUUAAGCUUCUUCCCGGAGAACCAAGAGACGACACUACCGCUGCGCCAGCUCUACGAGCCGCUCAAGCGCUCCGACCUCCAGCGAUAAGCAGCCACAAUAAGAACCAUGCAUCGAU